AUGGCUACGGAGAAUCCUACAGUUACACAGUGGCUAAUGAAGAAAACAAUGAAGCACACUAGUCAUCAAAUUGAAGAUAAAAUGCUAAACUUAAUUGCGCAAGAAAUAUUACAGUCAAUUGCUCAAGAUUGGUCCAAUUCAUCUUUUGUCAGUAUCAUGGCUGAUGAAACAACCGAUAUUUCAAACCAUGAGCAGCUGGUAAUUGUUAUUCGUUGGAUUGCUAAGGAUUUUAUUGUGCAUGAGGAAUUUAUUGGUCUGUAUGAGUUGUCAGUUACUGAUUCUGCAACUAUGGUGAAGGUAAUAUUGGGUGUGUUAACAAGAUUAAAUUUAUCAGUCUCUAAAGUAAGUGGGCAAUGCUAUGCAAGGGCAAGUCUAAUGAGUGAAAUUAAGCCUGGGGUCACUAAAAGAAUUUUAGAAUUAGAGUCUCGAGCUAUAUACAUCCAGUGCUAUGGUCAUGCACUGAACCUAGCAGCUGGUGACACAAUUAAAAGAAGUAAAGUUAUGCUGAAUGCCCUAGAUACUACCAGAGACAUAACAAAGCUAGUUGAAUCUUCUCCAAAAUGUGAAGCAAUAUUUCAGGAAUUUUCAAAAGCUUGA